AUGCCGAACAACAACGAAAACGCCCCUCUGUUGGGCAACGGCCGCAAUGGCCAAUCCAGCGGAAACAAGAAGUUUGACCCCAUUGGGUCGACCCGGUACCUCCUUUUGGGGUCGUGGUUGAACGUCCUUGUGGUCUUCAUCCCGCUCGCCUUCGUCGCCGACCUUCUUCACUGGUCUGCGGCUCUCCGAUUCACCAUGUCCUUCAUGGCUAUCAUCCCGCUUGCCAAACUCCUCGGAGAUGCCACUGAGCAGCUGUCGAUGAAGCUCGGUCAGACUCUUGGUGGUCUGCUCAACGCGACCUUCGGUAACGCUGUUGAGCUUAUCGUCGCUAUUGCAGCCCUCAUGCAGAACCAGCUUCGUUUGGUCCAGAUGUCCCUCCUUGGGUCGGUCCUGUCCAACCUCCUGCUCGUUUUGGGUAUGAGCUUCUUCGCAUCUGGAUUCUACUUCUACGAGGCGACUUUCCAGAUGACUGCCGCUCAGGCCAGCUCGAGCUUGUUGACUUUGGCCUGCAUCACCCUCAUCCUGCCCGCUGCCUACCACGCGUCAGAAGUCGACAGCCUUAACGGUGUUGCCGACCUCUUCAAGUCCCUCAAGGACGGCAGCGGCGCCCCCAACCCGCCCGACGCCUCCCUCAAGGGCCUCCUCAUGCUCUCGCGCGGAACCUCCAUCAUCCUUCUCCUCACUUACAUCGGCUACCUCAUCUUCCAGCUCCGCACCCACUCGCAGCUCUUCGAGGCCGACGUCGCCGAGGGCGAGGAGGAGGAAGUCCCCGACAUGGACCCCAUCUCGUCCGGUGUCUGGCUGUGCAUCAUCACCGUCAUCACUGCUUUCGCCGCCGACGUGCUCGUGGGCAGUAUCGACGAGACAGCUCAGCAGUGGAAGAUCCCCAAGCGAUUCAUCGGGCUCAUUCUCUUGCCUUUGGUCGGGAACGCCGCGGAGCACGUCACCAGUGUCUGGAUGGCCUGCAAGGGGAAAAUGGAGCUUACGAUCGGCGUUGCUGUUGGAAGCUCGAUCCAGAUCGCUGCCGGGAUGAUCCCCCUCCUCGUUCUCAUCGCCUGGCCUCUGGGGCGAGACCUGACACUUUUCUUCGCCAACUUUGAGACGAUCACUCUGUUUGUGUCUGUCAUGCUCGUCAACCUCCUUCUGCAGGACGGUCGCGCGAACUACAUGGAGGGUGUGAUGUUGAUGGCGCUCUACCUGGUCAUUGCGCUCAGCUACCUCGUUUAA